GAAAACUUGUUUUUCUUUGUCCACAUUGCCUACAAGAUUGGUCUAUAUCUGUUUAAAAACCAGUAGUAAGCAUAUCCAGCUUUGAGAUCUGUUUUCAGUUGCAGAGACAAGAGUCUGAUUUCACUUCUAUAUCAGCUAGCGGUUUGAUGGAGGACAAGUGUGCAAUCAAGAAUGAUGUCACUGAAUUAAUAGGAAAUACCCCAAUGGUAUAUCUCAACAAUGUCGUGGAUGGUUGUGUAGCCAGAAUUGCUGCCAAGCUAGAGACAAUGGAGCCUUGCUCUAGUGUAAAAGACAGGAUCGCAUAUAGCAUGAUCAAGGAUGCAGAGGAUAAAGGUCUAAUUACGCCAGGGAAGACUGUUCUUAUUGAGCCUACAAGUGGCAACACUGGCAUUGGAUUGGCUUUCAUUGCUGCAAUCAAGGGUUACAAGCUCAAGCUAAGCAUGCCAUCUAAAGUGAGUCUUGAAAGAAGAAUUGUGCUCCGAGCUUUUGGAGCUGAGGUCUUUCUCACAGAUCCUGCCAAGGGCUUUAAGGGACUUAUUGCUAAGGCGGAUGAGCUGCUAAGUAACACACCUAAUAGCUUUAUGCUUAACCAAUUGGAAAACCCUGCCAAUCCAAAGGUUCAUUAUGAAACCACUGGCCCAGAGAUAUGGAGAGACUCGGGAGGGAAAGUUGAUGUCUUUGUUUCAGGAAUAGGGACUGGGGGUACUGUAACCGGUGCAGGAAGUUUCCUUAAAGAGCAAAAUCCAGAUAUUAAGGUAUGUGGGGUAGAACCAGCUGAAAGUGCAGUAUUAAAUGGUGGCAAACCUGGGAUGCACCUGAUCCAAGGAAUUGGUGCUGGUUUCAUCCCUCAAGUUCUGGAUGUUAGCUUGCUGGAUGAAGUUAUUCAAGUAUCCAGUGAGGAAGCAAUUGAAACUGCUAAGCUGCUUGCGCUAAAAGAAGGUCUUUUGGUAGGGAUUUCAUCAGGUGCUGCAGCAGCAGCAGCAAUAAAGUUGGCAAAGAAGCAAGAAAAUGCUGGAAAAUUAAUAGUUGUUGUGUUUACUAGUGCUGGAGAGCGUUAUCUGUCUUCUCCACUCUUCGAUACCAUUAGGCACGAGGCAGAAAAUAUGAAGUUUGAAUGAUAGUGUUUCUGUGGUUCAUAAAAUGCUUUACUUAUGUCAGGUUCCUCUGGUUAUUGGUAUAAUAAGAAAAAUGUUUCAAGUCUGCAAGGCAAUAUGACCCUUGAGUGGUACUUAUGCCUUGUGUUCUUGGAGCCCCUUCCAAUUUUCUGUCAACACUUUGAAGAUUUUAUAUAUGAAGGUAUAAUGCGUAACCAGAAGAUACCAGUUUGUAAGUCUGUAAUUCAACUAUUGAUCACAUGUAGUACUUCUACUGAAAUACCAUUUUUGCUGGUUAAGAAUAGAAAGAUCAAAUAAUUACUAGUGGAACACUUGUUUCUAGAGGCCCACUCUUCCGGGCAAUUGUAGAACCACAUAUUUCUCAGAACCAUGGAUUCUAGAUCAAGGGAUAGAGUAGUAAUUAACUUGAAUGCUAGGCUUGGAUUUGAAUACGAUGAUAAGAGACACAGAGAAAUACCCAAAGCAAUGGUUACAACUCGGAGCCAGCUUUUGGAAUUUGUAAACAUCAGCACUCAUCAAUCCCACAUUGAGAAAACAAGUAGGCAGGUAAACACAUCAUUU